GGAAAGAAAAAAAAAAAGAAAAAAAAAGCACUAGGUUUAUUUUUUUCGGAUCAACGGCGAACAAGCUGAGGAGCCGAAGGCGAUGGGAACCAGAGAGGUAUACGAGGAGAAGCUCCGUUCCGGCAAUCUCUACCACGACCCCACCAUCAAUCCCGGCCUUGGCACUGCUCGUUGCCCUCGAUGCCUCUCCCUCGUAAACCCUAAUUCGCAAAAAGAGAAGUGGACUAUUACUCCGGUUCUGCAUGAUGCAACCGCCGUGAUUGGUUCAGGCAUCAGUGCCAUGCUUAGUGCAGUUCACGGAUUCAACAAGGGUAUUCCAUUCAUUCAGAAACAUGUGAAGGGACCAAAGUGGCUACAUGUGGCUGUAGGGGUUCCACCUCUCGUUUUGUUUUCUGGAGCUAGUGCUGCAUUUGGAGCAUAUGCCGUGCCAGCAGUUGUUCAACUCUCAGUGUCUUCUUAUUUCGCUUCUUGGAGUGCUUCCCAUUAUGUGAUAUCUCAGGCCACUAGAUACAUUGAAGGAGAUCAUAUUUCUCGCAGUCUGGAAGACAAGUCAAGAUGAUCCUUCUUAUGAGAAAAAUUUCAGGUUACAUUCAAUUCAUAUUUAUUGUUAUUUUUAUUAAGCAAAUAGACAUGAAAAACUUUAUAUAGUAAUCCAUUAUAGGUAUUAGAGUUAUGCCACCCACAUUAUCUACUAUCAUUUAUUUACCACUUAAGUAAUUGGCUCGACCCCUAUUUAUUCAUAUCCUUGAUCGUUGUACGCUUCACAUAUAUGUCGGGGGUCCACUGCCCCCGAAACAAAUUUUGGUUGUAAGGAUAUUUUGUAUUCUCUUUAACAUUUCUCUUUGUAUUUGGUUCAUCGUUCCCUAACAAUAACACGGGGGCACCCUGGGCUUAAGGUGGAUCCGCCCUGUUUAUAGA